CUCACAUAAUCCAUUCAAUCCUUACCCAAUCCAUUCAUUGCACCGCUACUUCGCUCCUCUUCAUCUCCACGUCGCUCCUCUGAGUCCUCUCUAUACAUCUCUACGCCUCAAGGCCAAUCCUCCUCGUUCAUCCCCCAUCUCAUAUAAUCCAAUCGACCUAAUACUUCGUCUUCGUUAAUCCUGGAUCUUCACACCACCAUCAACCUGCAGAUGUUUUUAUGAAGCCAGAGAUAUGCUGCGGUCAGAGAAAGAGAAUUAGAUAAUGGCUUCUCAACUAUCGUUUCCUGUGCCCUCAGUUCACAGGAGAUUCUACUCUCACUCUACUCAUUAUUCAUCUUUGAGGAAUUCCAACCAGAGAUCAGUGAAAUGCAGCGUGGAUAAGGAGUUUUCAGCCCAACACAUCAGCGAAAAGGAGUUUCAAAAGUUAAUUUCACGGCGUGUGUGCGUGACGUGCAUCUGUUCAACAAUAGCCUUGAUGAGUGGAGAUGCCAACCCUUUAUUUCAGCCAAGAGCAAUUGCUGCAGGUGAUAAAGCACAAGCAGUGUGCCCGAACUGUGGGGGUGGCGGUGCAAUCAUUUGUGAUAUGUGCGGUGGGACGGGGAAAUGGAAAGCUUUGAACAGAAAGAGAGCCCAAGAUUUGUAUGAAUUCACUGAAUGUCCAAAUUGUUAUGGACGUGGGAAACUUGUCUGCCCCGUGUGUUUAGGAACUGGUCUGCCAAACAACAAAGGUCUUCUUAGGCGGCGGGAUGCACAGGAUUUGCUCGACAAGAUGUAUAACGGUCGCCUUUUACCCAAGUCUUAGUUGCAUUUUCGUGACAAGAUGGGACAAUUCAAGGUGAUCAACUUUGCCAUGUUUCGUGUUUUUUGGGGGAAUAAAAUGCCCCCAUAUUACAUCCACAGCACAUUUGUGCUAGGAUCUGGCGAUCAGGCAAAACAUGUAGUUGUUCUCUUUCUCUGCUACUCUAUCUGCGAGGGCCUAGGGCCACUUCUGUAAAUAAUUACACUAAAUGAUUUCUUUAAACUAAAUGCAUUUCAAAAUAGGCAAAUUAUAUUGGCCCAUUAAGGACCUACAUAUGGGCAAAAUACAUAUUACUACAUAAAUAAGCAUUUAUUUUUUUAAUAAAAAAGAUUUAUUGUG